AGAUACUAUACAUUUUCCUACCAUAAGAAAAUAUGUAGAAUUGAUAAUACCUUUAAAGAUCAAGUUGUAAGGCGGAUCUUGUCAUUUUAUUAGGCACAUUUUUAGGACUCCCCUCCGUUUAAAUCCAAAACAAUGCUGCGUAGCCCGAAAGUGAACCGGUUUCUGGCCGGGAUCAGUGCCCGCCACUACGCGGAAGCCAUUAACAGCAGUGUGCAAGCGGCGUUCGUCAAGGGAGACACUCGAAUGGCCCCCGUCAACGUGCUGCCCAAGUCCAAGUACGGCGGGAUCAAUACGGUCUCCCUGCUCACAGGCAGCACGACCAUUGGCCAGCAGGGAGCCCAGUUCGUGACGUCCCUGCUCCAGAGCAGCCGGGUGCCCGUGGAGGUGCAGAUCAUCGAGGCGGGCCAGGACGAUGAGUACUUCAACUCGGUGCUCCGUAACAGAACGGCCGUUCAUGUGGAGAACCAAGCGGGUGCGGAGGCCAAACAGAAGGCUCUGAAGAUUUGCAACGAUCUGGAUUUAUAUGUGCUGAAGACUCGAACGCGCAGCUUUCCCGGCUUCAAGUGUCGAUUUCCUGGUGUGGACAUCCAAAUGAUUGGCCAGAACAACAUGGGCAACUACAAUGAACUGGAGUAUUCCCCUGUUAAAGGUGUGGUGGAGGCCCUAUCCGUCGUGAGCCAGAAGAGCAAUGAGAAGUACUUGAAGUACGCCUUCAAGGCGGCUGUUAAGGCGGGUCGAAAGCGGGUGACCCUGAUCAACAAGGCCAAGGAGUGGCCAAUUAGCGAUGGCAAUAUGGUGGAGGCUGCCAAGAGGAUGCACUGCCCCUACAAGGAUUGCCUGGAGCUGGAGUUUAUGGAGGUGGAGGAGGCCAUCAGCCGGCUGGUCACGAAUCCCGCCUACUUCGACUGUCUCUUCGCCAGCGAUCGAUAUGCCACUUUCCUAUCCGCCAUCUGCAGCGCCGUUUGUGGCGGAUCCAAUCUCUUCAGUGCCGUGGAGAUCGGGAACCACCAUGCCGUCUUCAAGCCCCUGCAGACGAAGCUUUCGCUGACCAACUAUGCCACCCUAAGUGCCUACGGCAUCGUGUCCACCAUUGUGGAUCUCUUCGAGCAUCUGGGUCACCACAAUUGCGCGAAUGCCCUGUGGUGCGAGAUGCUGCGCACCAUGGACGAGGGAAUCCGCACCAAGGAGUUCGGGGGCAAGGACAGCGGCGAGUACGUCAUAUGCAACAUCAUCAACAAUCUACGCUGCCAUGCGAUGGGUGAAAAGUCAUAGGUGACCAAGUAAGGGGCUUGAAAUUGUAAAUAAAAUACGGAAGUUUGCAAGGACACCUUCAGAAAUACUUGAUAUUAUCAAAACUUCAGUUUAAAAUAAAACCCAAUCAAAUUCCAACUACCUAAAA